AUGGGCUCUUGUUCAUCUACAAGUGAUCUGAGCUAUGACGACUUCUAUGGCAGUGCAUCUCCCCAGGGACCUUACCAAGACGACCCCGAGUCUCCUGGUCUUAAAGUCUGUACUGUAGACUUCAGGCCACCAGGUUCGGCUGAUCACAAGCAAUGCCGUCCACAUGUUCCCAAAGGUCAGAUGUGGACAGAUAACACCUUCACCCUGACCGUGGCAGACAUCGUCGAAUCGCCAGUUCUCUUCUCUGCUGGCACCGGCCGGUUUGAUGUCAAGCAGCAGAGCUUCGGCACUUGUUGGUUUUUGGCCAAGCUAGCCGAUAUUGCUGACAAGCCAGAUGCUUGUAAGAAGGUUAUCAACGAGGAUUCCUACAGGCCCCUGACAGACGGAGUCUUCCACUGCAGGUUUUGGGUGUUUGGGCAGUGGAAGGACAUCUACACUGACGACUUUCUGCCUGUGUAUUACAGGAACAAUAAGCUCCGGCUGUAUGGAGCAACUUCCGGCACAGACAUGAACGAGAUGUGGGUGCCCUUAAUGGAAAAAGCCCUGGCCAAGUAUGACUAA